AUGGUAUGGCUCUAUAUCUUCUACAUGAUGUUUCGCGUGAAAGUGCUUGGACACGGUCAACCAUCGCCCAUUCCAUCAAAUGUACUCGAUCCAACCGCUUCUCCAUUCAUUCACAAUCACGAAAGGAAACACGAGAUAACACAAGAUCUGGAUUUUGUCGGAAAGAAUCACUGGUCAUACAGCUAUAUGGAUACAUGUGAUUUAAGGGAAUUCCCGCUACACGAUGAUCCUGAUAUGUUUUGCACGCGUUACGUAAUGGACUACAUGUGGGUGAAUGUUGAGGUGCUUGCAACGGAUCCAAUUCUGCUCGUUUUCCACAAGUUCUACUCAGAAAAAAACGCGCACGCUUUUCGAGAGUACAUUAAUCAGAAAGAAAUGGAUUUACAGAAAGUGGUAGAUCAGGAUGACCCGAGUGGAGCCGCCGGUCACACGAGUCGAAGAGCCAACGGUACUUGGAUGGAACAUUAUGAGAAUGAGAUCACGUCAACGUUGUUCGACUUUGCUCAGCGUCGGCUGCCUUCGCUCAAUUUGCACGGAGCUGAGCAAUGGCAUGCUCUCUCCUAUCAACAGGGUGGCCACUAUGCUCCUCAUCACGAUUUCUUGUAUUAUACGAAUGAGACUCAAUGGGAUUGGUGGAUGAAUGAAAUGGGAAAUCGACUUGCAACUUUUCUUGCUGUUCUCGAGACUGCCGAUGAAGGUGGAGGCACAAUCUUCCCGCAAUUGCCCUAUGUUGUCCAUCCAGAGGUGGGCGAUGUGAUGUUGUGGUUGAACAUGGAUGUCACCGAUCAUUCAAUUGCCAAAUCGCUUCACGGAGCUUGCCCAAUACUCAAAGGACAGAAAACGGCUGCAACACUAUGGAUCCGCAUUCGUGAUAGCCGUUUAUCGUUUCUCACCGAUCUAACCGAGCCUCAAUACAAUCUCAAACAAUUGAUCGAUCCUCGUGGAGUGCCGGCGAUUCCAUCUCAAAAGCCCAAAGCCAAACAGCCACAAGAA